UCUGUGCUUUUUCUGUUUUGCCCCCAUCAGCAUCUUUGCUUCCAUAUUCGCUGAAUUUAAAUAACUUCUCACUUUGUCAGAACGAAUGCUGUACUCCAGUAAUGCAAUGUUGGCUGAAUUAGACGUCCUUGGACCUCCUCCUUGGCCCGCUAUGUGAGGUUAUGUAAGUUGCGUGUAGUGCAGCAAUGCUGAGGUAGCAGCAGCCCACAGGUCAGGAUGUCUGAAGAGGAGCAGCAGCUGAAUUGGAGGAAGAGGGAGAGAGAGAUCUGCUACAUCACUGAUGAAGAAAAAGAAGAAGAGAAUGAUGGAGAUGAUGGAGAUGAUGAAGAUGAGGGGAUGCCCGACCAGUCCCACAGUGCCCCCUUCAGCUCCGAGAAUGAGGCUCAGGGAGGCGACCCCGCUGCGUGGCAGUGCACUCCUCCCCCAUCUACCUCACCAUCGGGGGAGACGCCGGCCCACCCUCCACCCUCCCAGCGUGCGUCCAGACCCCGCUCCAGGCCGGCCAGCCAAAGCCCCUCCCCUCCCUCCACCCUGACAGGAACCAAGAAGAGUAGCUCCAAACCGACGCACAUGAGACGCAACAUCAGGAAGUUACUGAGGGAGCAUCAGUUGGAGGCAGUGACCAAAGCCGCCCAGCAGGAGGAGCUGGAAAGAAGGCGACGUCUGGAGCAGGGGAGAAAGCAGGAUUUCCCCAUACCACUGCUGCCUGAAUACAAAACUGAUGACAUAACAAAGCACGUGUCGUCAUCGGCGGCAUCGACAGUAUCGCGGCAAGAAGUGAAGUCAUCCAGACAGGAAGUGAUCUGCCUGGACUCCAGCAGCACUGGCAUCAGCGAGGAGGACAGCAAGACUGACGUACCCACCUCCACUACUAUAGAGCACACACACAAAUCAGACGUUGUUGAUCUGAGCUCGAGUGAGGACGACGCCAUUGCUCUCGUCGGCAGCGAGUCCAUCAACGAGGAGGAAGAGAGCGAGCCGAGCGGCGCUCACGUCAACGACGCCCUCAACCGUUGGGACGCCCAGGGAAGGGUACUGGUCAACGUCAACCAUCCAGAUACAGAGAAGGACAUUUUCCUGUCGCCUCAGCUGGCACGGGUUGUCAAACCUCACCAGAUCGGUGGAAUCCGCUUCCUGUACGACAACCUUGUGGAGUCCCAGGAGCGUUUCAGCGGCAGCAGCGGAUUCGGCUGUAUCCUGGCUCACAGCAUGGGCCUGGGCAAAACGCUGCAGGUCAUCUCCUUCAUCGACGUCCUGUUCAAACACACCCAGGCGCACACCGUGCUCGCCAUCGUACCUGUGAACACAUUGCAGAACUGGCUGGCUGAGUUCAACACGUGGGUGCCGCCCGCUGAGUCGUUACCCCCGGAUGACGAGUCCGGACUGAUGAGGCCUCGUAACUUUAAGGUUCACAUACUCAACGACGAACACAAGAACACAGCAACCAGGGCAAAGGUGGUGGAGGACUGGGCUCAGGAAGGAGGGGUGCUGCUGAUGGGCUAUGAGAUGUACCGCCUCCUGUCGCUGAAGAAGAGCUUCGUGGCAGGGAGGAAGAAGAAGAGCAAGAAAACUACGGGACCCGUCGUCAUUGACCUAGACGAAGAGGACCGGCAGCAGGAACUGCUCAAAGGUAUUGAGCAAGCGUUGGCUCGGCCCGGUCCAGAUGUUGUGAUCUGCGACGAGGGCCAUCGCAUCAAGAACUGCCACGCCAGCACAUCUCAGGCUCUGAAGAAUAUUCAAACCCGACGCCGUGUGGUCCUGACCGGCUACCCGCUCCAGAACAACCUGAUUGAGUACUGGUGCAUGGUUGACUUUGUCCGACCUGACUUCCUAGGUACGCGGCAAGAGUUCAGUAACAUGUUUGAGCGUCCCAUUCUCAAUGGGCAGUGUGUGGACAGCACUCCUGUGGAUGUCCGGCUGAUGAGGUACAGGAGCCACGUCCUGCACAGCCUGCUGGAGGGCUUCGUACAGAGACGAGGCCACGACGUCCUGAAGGACCAGCUGCCCUCUAAGGAGGAGCAUGUGAUCCUGGUGCGUCUGUCCCCACUUCAGAGGGCUCUUUACACAGAGUUCAUGAACCGCUUCAAAGAGGCGGGAAACACUGGCUGGCUCAGCCUUAACCCGCUGAAGGCUUUCUGUGUCUGCUGCAAGAUUUGGAACCAUCCAGACGUGCUGUAUGAGGCCUUACAGAAGGAAAACCUGGCAAAUGACCAGGACUUAGACCUUGAUGACAUCACUUCCACAGGACCCGCCCGAUGUCCGACCGCACCCAAUCAAAAGUCCAAGCCCCUGGAAAAUCCAAACCCCAUUGGUGGUCUGAGUCUCAACCAACUGCAGGAGAAAGCCAAUCAAGUCAUCACUUACGAAUGGGCGAAGGACAUCAUGUAUGAUUACAAGCCCGGCCUCCUGGAGAACUCGGCUAAGAUGGUUCUGCUGUUCCAUCUGAUAGAGGAGAGCGUCAGGAAGGGAGACAAGCUCCUCGUCUUCAGUCAGAGUUUGUCCACGCUGACGGUGAUUGAGGAUUUCCUAGCAAAGAGAGCUGUGCCUCCCUCACCCAACACAUCCAGCAGAGACAGACCCAAUCAGAACUGGGUCCGCAACCUUAACUACUACAGACUGGAUGGAAGCACAACAGCCUCGGAGAGAGAGAGACUGAUAAACCAGUUCAAUGAUCCCACCAAUACCUCGGCAUGGGUCUUCUUGCUGUCAACCAGGGCUGGUUGUCUGGGUGUGAACCUGAUCGGUGCAAACAGAGUGGUGGUGUUUGACGCCUCCUGGAACCCAUGCCACGAUGCUCAGGCUGUGUGCCGCGUCUACCGCUACGGCCAAAAGAAGCGAUGUCAUAUCUACCGACUGGUGUGCGACUUCACACUGGAGAAGAAGAUCUAUGACCGACAGAUCUCCAAACAGGGCAUGUCAGAUCGGGUGGUGGAUGAUCUGAACCCUGUGCUGACCUUCACCAGGAGGGAGGUGGAUUCUCUUCUUCAUUUUGUGGAGGAGGAGCCAGACCCCUCCCAGGUCCAACUGCAGCAUCAGGACAGCCUGGAGAGCAUCCUCAGGAAGGCGCUGUACCUCUAUCCUCGCCUGAUUACUAAGCAACCUUUCCCACAUGAAUCCCUGCUGAUGGACCGAAGGGAGCUGAAGCUGAGCAAAGUUGAGAAGAAAGCAGCGAGGAAGGGUUAUGAAGAGGAGAAAAGGGCGUCUGUCCCGUACACCCGCCCUUCCUAUGCUCACUACUAUCCCGCCAGUGACCAGAGCCUCACCAACAUCCCAGCCUUCAGCCAGAGAAACUGGCGACCACCUCCUCGUACUGAGGAGAAGCUUGUGGCUAGCGUCCGGCCAGUCCAGUCUACUCCUGUUCCCAUGACGCCCCGCCAGGCAUCUGCAGGCUCUGCCUCAGGCAAUGAUUCAUCAGAAUCCAGCAUUGGAGGCUUUCCUGUCAACUGCUUGCAGAAAGCCGGGGUGUUUGUACAGAAGAUCGUCACUACUACCGACAUCGUGAUCCCAGGUACCAACAGCUCAACAGAUGUCCAGGCCAGGAUCACCGCUGGAGAGAGUAUUCAUGUGAUAAGGGGCACCAAAGGGACUUACAUCAGGACAUCUGAUGGACGGAUUUAUGCCAUCAGAGCAGCUAACAAGAUUAAGACAACAGAGGAAAGUACUACAGAACCACCCAAAGACUCCCAGUCCCCAGCAGAGGAGGUUUCUACCAAUGGCAGUAACGGUUGCCUGUCACCUGACAGGAAACAGCAGGAACUCUCCAAGACUCUGCCCCGCCCUCUUUCACCUGACAGCCCAGAGAUCAUCAGUGAGUUGCAGCGCUACACAGGUGGCACAGGAGCCGGCGCCAAAGCAGGUUCCGGAGAUCAACCAGUGAGGGAGGCAGAGAGCAAAGUGAACAACCUGCCAUCAGCUAAACUGCUUCAGACCAAUGGCAGCAGUGGGAAUAAAAGCCACCAUGAUGCCUCUGUGACUAAUGUCAUCCAGCCCAACAUGGAUGGCACUAUGGCCCAAGACCUGAGAACAGGGUCCAAGCGCAAAGCCUCCACCCCAUCCCUGGAUGAGCGUCCCAGCAAGCAACCCUCUGCUGGCAAGCACUCUUCUCUGGCCUCACAAGGCUUCCCCUUCACUGGGGGCUAUGGCCUCCCUCCUCUGGGCCUCAGCCCCACCAUGUUGGCUGGGUCACUGGGGCACCCACUGUUCAUGGGUGCAGGCCCGCCUUACUUCCAUACUCAACUGGGGGACCCCGGCUUCAUGUACCCUGAUCUGUUUGGCUUGGGUGGAGCCAGUGCAAUCCCUCCGUCAUCCUCCUCCUCCACAUCGACAUCAUCCACCGCUACUGCCAUCUCAUCUUCCUCAUCACUGUCAUCCUCUGCAUCAAAUAAAGCUGCCAGUUCAGUUCCAGGUGCCCUGCCACCAUUCAUGCUGAGCCCCAGCAUGGCGGGUAUGGCCGGUAUGGCUGGGAUGAUUCCUCCAGGCUUCCCGCUCUCUUACAGUCAGUCUCUGGCCAGCCUCUACACAGGGUCUAUGCUCCCUGGGGGGCUGCCAGGUCCAGCUGCCACUCCUGGUCCAGCUGGAGCCAGCUUCCUCUCACAGUACCAUCCAACUGCUGCCUCCAGCUCCUCCUCAUCUUCCCCUUCCUCCUUCUCCUCCUCAGCAUGGUCUGAAGGCCACCGUGCCCCAGUGCUGGUGAAUGGUGGGAAUAUUAGCAGAGCCAGCAGCUCUGAUGACGACGACAAUGAUGAUGUGAUUGAGGUGAGGGGUUAGUGACAGAUGAAAGAUGUUUGAGCAAACUUGAUUCAAUUUCAUAAUCAACAAGAUAGGAUGACAUCCUAUUCGCCAGGAUGCAGGCUUUAAAGGGCUUGUGGCCGAGGCCGUGAGGGAAACAUACAAAAAUUGAAAGACAGUUAAAGUGACGACAUCUGAGCCCCUGCUUUACUCAAAGUGUUUCCUCUGUUUGUCUCCACUGCCUUGGAGAUACAGUCUGAAUAGAGGUUGAACUCAGACUGGACACAGAGCGACAAAUCUUUAUGCUGAAAAUCUGUAGAUGAAACCUGUGGAAGAACAUCCAGAGGGAAGAGGAAAAUAAAAAUCAAGAGGACUUUGAGCUUCCAGGUUUUUGUCCAAUACUGGCAUUGAAAUACUAAUCACUGGACUUAGUACUGCUGAGUGUGGGCCUGUAGUGACCACAAAUGGCCACAAGUUGUACUGUUGGCUUUAGAGAUUCUAGUUCUGCAGCUUUGUUAAUUGUCAACUCUUUUGCUUUUUCCAGCUAAUUUAAAAAAAAUGAUGGGUGGAGUUGCUUAUAAAAAAAAGGUUUGAUAAGUAAGUUAGCUGGUAGUAACAUUUGUUAAAUAUCAGUAACUUAAAAGGUAUUGUUUGUCGCUUGUCAAAUAUUGCUACUGAAUAUUUGUUAAAAUGGUAAAAGAAAAGGAAAAUAGAUCAAAACAGAACCUUUAGACAGAAUUUUGAUUGAACUUAAUAAUUCACUGCCAGGACAGGAGUAUUGUAUGUUUUUAGAAAAAAGAAAAAAAGACACAGGAUCAUCUUGAAUUAUUGAAAAAGCUGUUUAAGUUAAGGAUUAGGUUAAAGACAAUUACUGAAACCUUAAAACGCUAAUGAAAGAAUGUAUGCUUAAACAAAUGCCUUUAAACCAGGCCUUUUUGAAACGACGACUCCUAUUUAGGCAUCAGACGUGGGAAGAUCUGAUUUUUUUUCUUUUUUGUGCAUUUUAUAUUUAUGUAAUCUCUUUUACUUAAAAAGAAAGUCAUUGCCUAAAAACAGCCAGGUGUAAAAUGAGAAAAAAAACUGUGUUCUAGCGAGGUGUCCUCCAUGUAGCGGAGAAACAACAAACAGAAAAUGCCUUUUUUGCCUCCAUCUUUCUGAAUGUGAACUGUGAGAGAGGAGAGUUAAGGAGAGACAGACGGUCACCGCGGCUCUCUGAAUCUCACCCACAGUCUUACUGUAGCCUAGCGAAAAACGAUGCAAAACACUCACUCAAGCCUAUAUGUAUUCGUACAACCCCAGAGGAAUUAAGCUUGCAAAACCCCGAGUUUUGGUUACGCUUGUGUCGUUACUGUGUUUGUAUCUGUGUGUCGUGUUCUUGGGGGUUACAAAAGGAAAAAAAGAAAAGAAGAAAAAAACUAAGUUACUCGGUUUGGUAACUCAUUCUUACGACAACCCAGAUUCCAUUUCUGCUCUGCUGUUUUUUCUGUCUCAUCUCAUUUUAUGUGAAUAGAAGUCAUUGUGAAACCAAACCGAUUGUGGAGAGAUGGUGUAGCUUCGCCAAAAAACCGAGAAAUGCACAAGCACAUCAACAACCUCCAUCAAAGAGGAUUGUGUCUUUAGAGACCAAAUAAUGUUGUCAACAAUGUAGAGCAGAAUUGAAAAUCCACCACAGCGACACACUAUGUUCUCUCUACAGCCCUCCUCACAGCCACAGUCAAGAAGAAGUACAUAUCCAUCUCUCUGUACGACCUUUCAGAUAACACUGUACACUGUACUGCACUGUAAAAGAGACACAAAUCUGUAUACGUCUGUAGACUGGUUUAAAAGCUAUGGAAAGCUGCAUCACAUGACCAAGUUCCUUUAGAUCAACAAUAAACCCCUCUGAUCACACAGACUUAUCUACUGCCUCACCCAAACUUAUAAUAGGGGAUGGUCAGCACUGAUGCGGAAAAUCUUCUCCUCCAAAAUGGCUUCGGCAAGAGCUUUAAAAACCCAUCAGCUCUAUUGUCGAAAAACCCAAGCAAAGACUAAACAUCUUCCUCUUCCAUGUAUUUGUUCUUCAUACUGAAAUUAUUAGUUUACUCAUGUUUCAUUUUUGUUCUUCUCUUUUUACGAUGUUUGAAUUUACCAAAUUUAUUUAUUUAUGACGGUGCAUAUUUAUUCAUUUGUAUUUUUAUUUUUGUACAAUGUUUUUUUUUUUUUUGGGGGGGGGGGGGUUUCUCUUUUUUUUUGGCUUCCUUUUAUUGCUUUUCUUGUUUGUAAUAUUAAUAUGGUCACAUUACUAUUGUUGUUACUACGGUUGGAAAAAAUGCUUCAAUUUCUUGUGUUUUUAUUUUUAAGAAGUGAUUAUCUGCCGAUCUGACCCAGCAUGUGUGCACUGUGUAGAACUUGCAUGUGGACCAACUAAUCAGUGCAUUACUAUGCACAUUAAUAAUCAGGAUAGCAUAUUUAAGAAGGCUUCAGUGAAUAUCAUAUCCUGUCUAUGAUUACUCUGAUUAUGAGAAUCCCAUAGAAAGAUACCUGGGAUAUGUCGAUAUUAGUUGUGAUACUGAGCUCAGAUUCCUUCAUCAGAGUAUCCUGCCUGAUUGUUCAAAAUUGGGAUACAAUAAGUACUUUAUCAGAAUAACAUGAGCCAUUUGUGUGCAUUUAAAUGAAGCUUAAAUUACAAGUAAUGGGUCAGAAACUGAGGCAGCCCAACCACUCGUCAGCUGAAAAGAAAGAAAACAAUGAUAUCAAGUGCUUUGCUAUCCCUUUUUUUUUGUGUUGCCCUUUUUCAUAUCAUCAGAAAUGUCCAUCUGUGUGUCAUCCUUAUGAUGGCAAACAAUCGAGUUUGCUAAGUGUUCAACUGUUCGGUUUUCAGCGUUUGCUGCGUCGACUGACUGCUCUUUUAUUUCACAGCUUUCUACUUGAAUUUACAUAUUUAUUUAUACAAAUCAAUUCGGUCGGACAAGCCGAGCCAACCGUCUGAAUUCCAUUUUAGUUGAGGAGAAGAUUGAACGCUGCUGUCUUUGAGGAUUGGCUCUGGUUAAAGCCUGUUGUGUAGUUUAUCGAUGGACAAUGUGUAUGACCUUGCAUUACUUUUUUUGAAGUUUGUAAAUAAAAAGAAACAUGUUCCAAAUGGUACUUUUCACAAUUUCUUUACAUUAGUAGCAAAUGUAGUAGAACCCCCCCCCCCCCCCCCCCCCCAAACACACGCACAC